GGACCCGUUUCCGCACUCUUCCCCCUAUCGGGAUUCUGGAGUUCCCCGCAUCGAACGAAGAAUUUUCAUUUCCCUUUUCUCACCGGCUGCUUCUGGUUCGGUGGAAAAGACAUGGCAGCUCAAUCUCUAACCACCAAUCUUCAAUCCGUCCACCAAUCCAAUCUCCAUAAACCCAAGCUCCAAUCUCAGUCUCUUAAACCCUACAUCCUACGGAACCCUUCAUGGCUUGGCAACUUUCAACCAAUCGCCGAGCUCUCUCUGCAAUCCUCAAGCUCCAGAACCCGCCGCGGCUCUUCUCUCCAACCCAUUUCGGCCACCGUUUCCAGUCUCCCAACUGCGAUUUUGCAGGAAGCCAGAGAACUUUGCAUCGGGCGAUAAAGCUCCCAAGUGGUCAUGGAGGGCGAUAAAGGCAUUUGCUUUGGCUGCAUUGGAGGCAAGGAAGCUGAAAUGCCCCAAAACUGGGACUGAGGCUCUUUUAAUGGGUAUCAUGAUUGAAGGAACUGGUGUUGCUGCGAAGUAUUUGUGGGAAAAUGGUAUUACGCUCUUCAAAGUGCGUGAUGAGAUCACCAGGGUACGCGGGAAGCCCGACUUUUAUUACUUUCCUCCUGAGCAACCUCCAGUGACUGAAGAUGCUCAAAGGGCACUUGACUGGGCCGUGGAUAAUAAAAUAAAAUCUGGCGUCAGUGGGGAAAUAACUACGAGUGAUGUGCUACUCGGCAUUUGGUCAGAAACUGAUUCCCCGGGCCACAAGAUCUUGGCUACACUGGGUUUUAAUGACGAGAAAGCGAAAGAGCUGGAUUCUAAAAGCGCUGGACCUGGGUUUUUAGAGGGUUGACAGCAAAAUCUAUCAUCCUGUCGUUGUUGUACUCUUCAUAAUCAGGAAUGGAACAGCUCAUGUAUCAUUACUUCUUUCUCAUGAUUGAAUUCAUAAACAUCAUUCAAUUCUUGCUCAUCAAGAAGAUAUAAGUUAAAGCAUGAUGUCAAUUUUCCUUUCAUUAUCGCAUGAAUGUUGUAAGAUCCUAAUAAACACUGGAUUUCACUUUCAUGAUAGCAUUUCUAGUGAUUGAAAGAGUCUAAACUAAUCUAUACUCUCUCAUACUUGAACUGUCUGAUCUCUCAUCUGGUGAUCAUCUCCUUCCCCAGUGUCACUCAACUGGCAGGCAAGCUUUUGUGCCUUCACAGCUUCAGUUUCCCAAUCAAGCCUACCAAUGAAGAUCAGCAACAACAUCAAACAGGCGGUCAAUCCAGCCAAGAAUCCUAGCAACAACCCACUUAGUCCAAACCCCGCUUUAAACGCCAAAAGCACUCCAAGAGGCAGAGCCACAAGAUAGAACCCACCAACAUUUGCAUACAACGCCAACCAAGGCCUAGCUGUUCCUCUCACAAUGCCCCCACAAGCAGCCAAAGGGAAAUUCACAAUCUCUAGAACAGCCAUAAACAACAUGGCCUUCUUCACACCUCUUAUGAUCUCUACAUCACUACUGAACAAAGCACCCCACUUCCCUCGAGCCGCCACCAUCAAUGAGCUCCCAACCAGCCCAAGAACCACGCCUAAACCCAUCGACACAAAUGCCGAUCUCGAAGCAACUGUGGGCCGCUCUGCUCCAAGCUCAUUUGAGACCCGACAUGAAGCACAAGUUGCUACAGAUAGCAUCACUGAGAAGAGCAAGUAAUCGAAGUUCAUGACGAUGACCAACACGCCUACUGUCUGUUUCGCAUUUGGCAGGUGGCCUGUAAGCAGCACAAGAAUCUCCCAGCACCACCAUUCCAGGCAGGUGCUGAGGCAGCAUGGUCCGCUUAGCUUCAGCAGCCUGAGCCAGUCGUCGAGAUCCUGAUCAAGCCAACCCCCUUCCUUCCACUUUACUCCCUUUCUGUUCCCACUCACCCACACGUAUAACCCGAGCAAGGUCACAACUAGAAGAUCAGUUAUCCAAGUUGCCAUGGAGACUCCUUUCAUUCCCAUGGUCCUGGAGAGCAAGAUGUUGAUUGGAAUGUGGAACGCGAGGGCUAAACCCGAGGUGAGCAUGAUGGGGAUAGUGACGCAUUGCGAGUUCAAGUAGGCCUUGAGAGGACAGAGGAAAGAGAUGAUCAACAAGUCAGGGAGAAGAUAGAACAGAUAAUGUUUGGCGACUACGGAGAUGUCUUCCUGUUGCCCAAAAUGGAUGAGGAUCUUGUCGACGUUAAGCCACAAGAAAGCUAUGGGGAUUGUGGUUACCAACAACAAGAGGAUUGCCAUGAUUAGUGUCUUCUGAAGAAGCUUGAAAUUCCUGGCACCAUUGGCCUGGCCACAGAUAGGCUCCAUGGCACCACAGAGACCGUUUAGGACUGAGAAGCCCGUGACGUUGCCAAAUGUUAGGCCGAGUGCCCCGCCUGCUAGCUGAAGCUCUCCAAGCCUGCCGAGGAAUGCUGUUGUGAUGGCUGUUUUGGCAAACCAAGUCAGGUUCAUGGCUAGUAAAGGGAGAACUAUUGGCCUUUGUGUCUUCAGCUCCCAAAUAACGCUGCCCACAAGGUCUGCUGGCCAUAUUGAGCUGGGAAUUGGAGUUGCAGAAGAAGGUGGAGAGGUUCUGGGAACUGGGUUCUCUUCAGAAUUUGUUGCAGAACACAUUAUGGAUCAGAAGGUGGAUACGUUGGGUGUAUAGCUCCAAAUAUAUUAGUUAGUGGAGGGAUUAAUCGUGGUUCAGAAAUGGUAAAAAGAUUAGAAAUGUGGGCAUUGGUUUCGUGAAGCAGCUGGUUUGGUGCAAAAGGAGGGAAUUUUGGCUUUUGGACAAGAAGCCAAUUGAUGGAAGGAAGAGCUGGUGAUAAGUGUGGAACUUAUUGUGGGGGAUGACAUGGAAACCGCCAAAAUGGUGAGAACCCAUAUCAGGCUUUUGCAGAUUUCUUUGUUUUCUUUUUUUUUGGAAAAGUUUUCACUUUUCAGAUUUCUUUCCUUAAGAUGAAUCUUGGACGAUAAUUACAGUUGGGUAUUUUCAUAUGAAGCAAAAUGUCGUUGGGAAAUGAGUGAACAACUGAACAUAAAUCCGU